CGAUCCUAUCACAUGUAUUUUCAUAGACCAGUGGCAGGCCGAGAUGGGCGCAUCUGGUUACCAGGAUGGUGUGCUAUGUGUGUGGGACUUGAUACGGGGUGCCUGUAUGUGCAAAAUUGAAGCGACAAAAUUGACGACUCAAUCGUCGCACUUGCCUGUUCCCCGAGUUACGCAAUAUCGCUUGGACUGGACGAACGAAUACGGAUCUGGGAUAGAUUUCAGGGUCGUAUGGGACGACAAUACUGGAGAUGUAGCUCGGGAAGUCAGGCUUGAUUGUUCCAAUUCACAGCUAAAUCCGAAGAUUAUGCUACCUGCCAGUGGUUCGGUAAUUUGUGACUACGGAAAUCGAAUGAGAAUCGUUCGUUUCCCACUUGUGGCGGCGGAAAAGUGGUUCGGUCCGGGGAAUCGUAAUCGACCAGCUGUACAGCUGCAGCCUCCGAACGAAGCCAUUGCUAGCACGAGUCUUUGAUUUGGAAGGAUAGUUGCUGAGGACCAUUCUCACAAUAGUAUAAAAGUUCUAAGUUCUAACCUCAAAAACAGACAACAAUAAAAUGUAUUUCUUUCAGA